GAACAACAUCCUUCAAACAACCACACAUCUCAAAUACACAUCCUUGAACGUUACCAAGAUCUUUGGAUCCCAAUUCUACAACUCUACAGUCGUCUUCGAUCAAUUGGACUACAAUCCAGCGCUCUAAUAAUGCGUUUCACGUUUAAGAUGGGUCUUCAGGCCUUGCUCGUCUUCUUAUUCAGUGCACACGUAUCAGCCUUCUGGAGAAUGCCCUGCCGGGCACGAUCUGGUCUCGCUCGUAUUGACCCUCUUGUCUCUAACGGAACCCUGUCCGAGCACGCUCAUGCCCUUCAUGGCUCUUCUGGUUUCUCUACGACUGCAGGCUACGAUGCUUUGAUCGCUGGCGAAUGCACCUCUUGCGAAGUCAGUCAGGACAAAUCUGCUUAUUGGACCCCUGCUCUGUACUUUCAAAAUUCGGCUACUGGCGAGUACACUCUGGUUGACCAGAUCGGUGGUAUGCUUGCAUACUAUCUUCUCUACCCCAACUCCGAUAACACCACUCUGUCUGCCUUCCCUGCCGGCUUUGAGAUGAUCUCUGGCGACACAAAUCAACGCAACUUCACUUAUCCUGUCCCUGACAUCCAAAAAUCCCUCUGGAAUGUUGCUCCGUACAACACACAGGCCUUCCUUAGACAAGCUGCUCUCGGUUUCAACUGCCUCAACUAUGCCAUCACACCAGAAGGCUCUCUGUAUCGUCACUUCCUUCCAGACAAAUCCUACCUCGAUGCUCACUGCACUGAUGGCGUCCGAUUUGAGCUCAUGUUUCCCUCCUGCUGGAACGGAGUCGACAAGACAUCAGUGGACAAGAAGUCUCACGUUGCCUUCCCAUCUGAGGUCAUGACCGGCGAUUGUCCAUCCGACUUCCCAGUCCGUCUUCCUUCACUGUUCUAUGAAACCAUCUGGAACACUUAUGAGUUCGCUGGUAUCAAUGGCACCUUCAUGUUGGCAAAUGGUGACCCGACUGGAUUUGGAUACCAUGGUGAUUUUAUGAUGGGGUGGGACGAGGCAUUCCUUCAGUCAGCCGUUGACACAUGCACGAAUCUCUCAGGUCAGAUCGAAGAUUGUGCUCUGUUCACGAUUCAAGACUCCGAUGUAUAUUCAAACUGCAACGUCACUCUGCCCUCCGCUUUAGCCCACGAGAAUGUCGUUGGUGCUGUCACGACUUUGCCCGGUAACCCAGCAAUUGCGUACGGACCCGGCUAUGCCUCUGGUGCUGCUGCGGGUGGAAAGUCGGCAACCGCAACAGCUGGAGGUGGUACAAUCGGAACCACCCAAAGCGCCAUGACCCUGUCGUACUCUGCCGGCUCGUCCCUUGCCAGCACAGAGUCCUACAUGCCCGGGGGCAUUUUUGCCGUCAGCACCGGUGCCUCCUUCUCCGCGGCCGUCGAGGCAGUUGCUACGAGCACAGCAGCUCCUUCCUCGUCUGCCAUCUAUUCACCCCCCGUUGCGGCUGCUCCUUCCUUCUUCAGCACCGCAUACAAUACCAUCUCGGCCAAUGAGGUCGAGGAGAUUCUGUGGGUCGAGGAAGUCGUCACUGUCACGCAGGCAGAGACGGCGACUGUGACCGUGCCGGCGGCGCGCAAGCGUCACCUCCAUCACGGUCAUGGUCGCCGUUUCUAGCCGGUGACCGAUUUGGGAUCCU